ACACUGACUUUAGGCAUAUAUUUACUUCAUCUUGAGCUCAGGAAAACACUUGUGCUGUACUUUCAUCAUCAAGCCAAAAUGAGUGAUCCAAACCAAGAAAAGAAAAAACAUGAGGAGGAAUCAGGAUCAGGAUCUGAAGGAGAGGAAGGAAAGAAAGAAGGAAAGGGGAAAGGUCACGGACAUGGUCAUGGAAAAGACGGACAUGGUCAUGGAAAAGACGGACACGGUCAUGGAAAAGAUGGAAAAGAUGGAAAAGAGGGACAUGGUCAUGGUCAUGGAGGAAAAGGAAGCGGAAGAGGUGGCAAGUGAAAGAGACCACUGAGGCGACCCUAAAUAAAAUGAUGAAAAGUCAUUAUUUUUGUCAAAAAGAUUAAUGUAUGAUUGAUUGUAUUGCAUUCUUCAUUAAAUAAUCUACAAAAUAAGAA